AACCUAGCAACAAUUCAUAGGAAUUGCACAUUUUUUGUGUUUAUGCUUUCAACUUGAUAUUAUCAAGUGUUCAAAUUGAUCUGUAAAGUAUAAUCUUCUGUCAAUUCAAUGACCAAAUUACUUCAACGAGGAUGUCUUUUUUUCCAAAAAUAUCCGUAUUUUAGGCAACCUAUUCGUUUUAAAAACUCUGUUUCCUCAGAUUCAUCAGCCUCUGAAAACUCCGGUACAUUAAACAAACUCAAGCUUUCAGAACCAAUACCAGAUUUUCCAAAAAUCAUUUAUCCACCUGCUAGAGAUGAAGCUAAUGAAACAAAAGUAACUACACUUGAAAAUGGUCUGCGAGUCGCUUCUCAGCCGAGAUUUGGACAAUUCUGUACUGUUGGUGUGAUAAUUAAUUCGGGAUCUAGAUAUGAAAGCAACAUACAUUCUGGAGUUUCACAUUUCUUGGAAAAGUUAUCAUUUCAAUCAACUGCUAGUUAUGGCUCUAGAGAAGCGAUCUGGAGAGACUUGGAGAAACAUGGAGGUAUCUGUGAUUGUCAAGGAUCAAGGGAUACUUUGAUUUAUGCAGCAUCCAUCGACUCACGUGGUUUAGAUGCAGCAUUAAAAAUUAUUUCAGAAGCUGUUUACUCUCCAAAUAUACUGGAUAAUGAAUUAGAAGCAGCCAGACAAACUAUUCAAUUUGAAUUGCAAGAUCAUGCAAUGAGACCAGAUCAAGAACAAACUCUGCUAGAAUUAAUACAUAAAGCAGCAUUUGACGCAAAUACUUUAGGACUACCCAGACUCUGUCCUCCCGAAAAUCUUGAUAAAAUCACCAAAGACGUAUUAAUGUCUUAUAUCAAAACUUACCACACGCCAGAUCGUAUAGUUUUAGCUGGUGUUGGAGUUGAUCAUGACAAGUUCGUUGACUUGGCUCACAAAUAUUUUGUCGAUACUAAACCUGUAUGGGAAACCGAUGAACAUAUUAUCCAGCUUAAAAAAAUUGAGCUGGACCAAUCUAUGGCUCAGUAUACGGGUGGACUCGCAACUUUAAACCGUGAUUUGUCUACCGUUAAUCAAGGUUUUGCUGAUCUUCCAGAAUUAGCACAUAUAGUUUUGGGAUUUGAAAGCUGUUCUCAUCAAUUGAUGGAAGACUUUAUUCCAAUUUGUGUUCUUAACAUGAUGAUGGGUGGUGGAGGCUCUUUUUCAGCCGGCGGACCAGGUAAAGGAAUGUAUACAAGACUCUAUACAAAUGUUCUUAAUCGACACCAUUGGAUGUUUAACGCCACUGCUUACAAUCAUGCUUAUAGCGAUGCAGGUGUAUUCUGCAUCCAUGCUAGCUCGCACCCUUCCCAACUCAGGGAAUUAGUUAACGUAAUUGUAAACGAGUCCAUUGGAAUGACAUCAAGAAUUUCUCCAACAGAACUAAAAAGAGCUAAAACACAAUUACAGUCGAUGCUGCUUAUGAAUCUUGAAGCUCGCCCUGUUGUAUUCGAAGACAUAGCCCGACAAGUGCUGGCAAAUGGACAUCGAAGACCACCUCAUUUCUUUAUUGAUGCAAUUAAUAAUGUCACCGAAGAUGAUAUAUUUAGAGUUGCAGAUCGUAUGCUAAAAAGUAAAGUUUCUUUAGCAGCUUUAGGAAACCUUAAAUUGUUACCAUCUAUAAAAGAUGUUGAAUCAGCAUUGAUAAACAAAGAUAGCGGAUUGUUUAAGCGGUUCUCAGUGUUCUCUUAACUUUUCAUGUUUUUCUUGUUUAAUAAUUGUUCAUAGAAUUAAAAGAUUAAUUCAAUUAAAAAGAA